UUUCUUAUUGUAAUCAAUUUAAAAGUUUCAUGGCCUUAAAUACUAUAUAUAAUGCAAUUUUAUCAAUUUCUACGAAACUAAAUAUAAAAUAAUGCGUGAAUUUCACAUGUCACAGAUCAGUAAUAAUAUCUAUAAUAUAUAUACUUUCACUUUUAGUCUUGCAUAAGAUCGUUAAGCAAACAUCUCCAGAAACAAGAAAAAUUUUUCAACAGUUUACAUUUUUACUUUGCGUUGAUCACUUAAUAGUGUUAAAAAAAUAUGGACCAUUGUCAGCCUUAAUUAUAAAUAAUGAGAGUUGUUAUUGUGAUUAUGGUAAUGUGUUUAUUGACACAAAAUAAUAAAGUUUCAGCAGGAUUAAUUUGGAAUUUAAUUCAUGACUUGGUACAAUGGAAUUUAGCUGGUAUUCCAACAGUCCACGAGAAAUCAAUGUGGAAUUUGGAUCCAAAUUUAGGAGAGGAGAGAAGAGCAAAAUUUGUGAAAGAAAAUGGUUAUUUAGCAGAAGAUUUAAUUGAACGCAUUGGCAAAGGAAACGUGGUUGAACCUUCUAUUCGCACAUUAAAGAAGAGAUGAUUAUUAUUUUUUAAAUUGUUAUUUUACAUAUUACAAAAAUCUAAACUAUAUUUAUUUUUUAAAUAAAUUAAAUAAAA